AUGAGCAUUACUCCAGGAAAUAUAUCGUAUAACUUAGAUGUAUUACUAAAGAAAUAUGAAGAACAAAUAAAAACUGUAAAAAGAUUAAUGAAAAUAAAAAAUAUAAAAGACAAUGUAGAAGAUAUAAUUUUAAUCAGAUAUAUACUUUCUUAUGGAGAUAAAUUAGAAGAUGCAGUAAAUUCAAUUGAAAAAGCUAUUUUAUGGAGAAAAAAAAAUGUAUAUCCUUUAUUAAAAAAUAAAAAAAUACAUUCUGGAAAUAAUGAUUUACUAUUUCCAGAUAGACUUAAACCAUAUUAUUCUUUUAUAAAAAAAACCUUAGCUGCAUGUGAACACAAGUCAACAGUAGAUAAUCAACCCGUUGUAAUAGCUAGAUUAAAAUUGUGUAAUUUUACCUUAUUAUUAGAUAAUGUACCUGAAAAUAUUCUUGUGGAUUAUAUUGUUUACUCAAAUGAACAUGAAUUUAUUGUAUGUAAUGAACAAACAAAAAAAAGUAAUGUGCUUUGUAGAACUUAUCGUUUUAUUGAUUUAAAAGGAUUUAUGCUUAAAAAAUUUGAUAGAAGAUUCUUAAGAGUUUUUGCAAAUACUUCAAAAUUAUCUGAAUUUUUGCAUCCACAAUUAGUUGGAAAAACAUAUUUAAUAAAUGCUCCAUCAUAUAUUAGAAUAACUAUUGAAACAUUAAAGACAUUUGGUAUAAGUAAAAGAACACUUAAUAAAUUAGAAAUUCCUAAAAUUAUUGCAGGAAGAGAACCAGCUGAUUGUGAUUGGUUUACACUACUUGUUCAUAAAGAUGAUAUACCAACUUAUUUUGGUGGAAACUGUAGAUGUGAAAAUGGGUGUAUUCCAGGUUUUGAAAAUGAUUUAGAUGAUCCAUUAAAUUUAAAUAUAGAAGAAAUAAAAGCAGAAAUUAAAAAUAACUUUAAAAAAUUAAAAAUGAAAAAAAAUGAGGAUACACAAAAUUUAGAAAAUUCCCAGAAAAAAUAA